AUGUCCCCUGACCACGACAACGUCGACGAGAGAACUCCUCUCCUCCAUGAAGAAAACGCGCUAAAUGGGGAAAUAGAGAGCCGCAAGUCUGGAGUGAGGCUGCUGACGUCGCUGGCCGUCGAUUCGAUCCCGGUGAUUCUGUCGUACAUCCUGCAAAAUUCUGUACAGACAACGUCUGUACUGAUUACGGGAAAACUCGGACCGGAAGAACUCUCAGCUGCGGCAUUCUCAGUCAUGCUCGCCUAUGUUACUGGUUGGUGCAUUGCCCUUGGCGGCGGCUCCGCCCUUGACACUCUAGGGUCGCAAGCAUUCACCGGAGGAAGUCGUGCUUCUGAUCUCUCCAUCCACUUCCAGCGAUGUGUGAUCGUGCUCUGGUGUCUCUUCAUUCCUGUGGGGUUUCUCUGGACUUUCAUUGGUGACGUGUUAUUGGCAAUCAAAGAACCCCCCGUUCUUUGCGCGAACGUUCAGCGUAUUUUACGCAUUUUAAUCAUCGGCGCACCUGGCUAUAUAGCGUUCGAGUCGCUGAAGAAAUACUUACAGUGUCAGGGGAUAAUGCGGGCCUCAACUUGGGUUCUCGUUAUCAUGACGCCCAUUAAUAUAGUCCUGCAUAUAUACCUGAUCCACUUUACCACUCUCGGGCUUCUAGGAUGUCCUCUUGCGUUGUCGAUAACGUACUGGAUGGCUUUCUUCCUGCUGGUAAUAUUUACGACGUUGUCGCCUGCUCACAAGAGAAACGGGACCUGGGAAGGUCUGCAGCUACGUGCGGCGCUUAAUCCUAAGGGCUGCUGGUCGUUCUUGAAGCUGGCCGUUCCAGGUAUACUGAUGGUCGGUACCGAGUGGGCUGCGUUUGAGAUCGUUGCUUUGGCUGCAGGCAGACUUGGAGGGCUUCCGCUUGCCGCUCAGUCGGUGAUCAUGACGACAGAUCAAAUUGUUAGCACACUUCCAUUCGGUUUCGGCGUCGUCGCAUCCAACCGAAUCGGAAACCUCUUGGGCGCUAAAGCUGCUGUCGGUGCAAAGCGUGCUGCCCAUGCAGCAGCUUUGCUCAGCGUUAUUGUCAUGUCCAUUGUGAUGGUUAUUAUGCUGCUGUCCAGAAAUCAAUUUGGUUACAUCUACAGUGAUGACGAGGAUGUAGUGAGGCUAGUGAGCAAGGUCAUGCCUUUGGUUGCUUCAUUCCAGAUCGCUGAUGGGCUGGCCAAUUCAUGUGGUGGAAUACUUCGAGGACAAGGACGACAGCACCUUGGUGCAUUAUUUAACAUUGUAGCGUACUAUAUCAUCGCGCUUCCCAUCGGAAUCUCUCUCGCUUUUAAGACGCCUCUGGGACUCCAAGGGUUGUGGAUCGGCCAAGUCAUUGGUCUGUUUACGGUUGGUAUAGGAGAAUACGGCGUGGUAUGGCUGGGAACGAACUGGAACCUAGAAGUCGAGAAGGGCAUAAAGCGAAAUGAGGAAGAGGCAAAGAGACACGAUGUUCAAGUCCCCGCUUCGCAUCUCGCCCAUGGAGAUCCCACCUUAGAUCAAGGCCCUUCGGAAACACCAUGAGCAUAUAGAUAACAUAUGUAGACACAAUGCAGCAGCCACCUGUCAGACCCGAGUCAGAAGUAUGUGGAAGGCCAAUGGAGGGCGUGUCAGCCACGUCAGUGUUGGGCGCCCCGAGAUUGACGGAGUUGAC